UUUUCACACUGAUGAUGCUAGGGUGGACUAUAUUGUCGGGUCUUUGGAAUUAAUGCGUAAUAUGAAUCAAGAAAGUGACAAGUUACCUUGGCAAAUUCGAUUAGAAGAAAAGCAGAAAAGACAUUUUGCGCGUUCAAUAACUCACAAGUCUGAUACAAUUGAUACAAUUGAUACAAUCGAGGACAGUGAUAUGAAACGCAUAGCCCUUAUAUCUCAGGUUCAGGACCUUUUCCCUGAUCUGGGUGAAGGAUUCAUAGAAGAAUGUUUAAUAGCUUUUGAUGAUAAUGUAGAAAUGAUUAUUAAUCGAUUAUUGGAGAAUUCUUUACCAGCUCAUUUAAAUGAAUUAGAUCGUUCAAUGGCUCGUCGUGUUGCAUCAAUGACCAAUGAUAGCGUGAGCGGUUCUAAAGAAGAAAGUCUCUUAGCUCAACGUCGAAACGUUUUUGACAAUGAUGAGUUUGACGUAUUUUCUGGUAAAAACAUUGACUUUAAACGUGUCAAUAAGGGAAAGAAGAAUCGUGGUACCGCAGACGCAUUGUUGGAUGACAAUAUUGACCUUCAUAUGGUCGACGAGAAUGAUGAGGAGACAGAAAUUAGUAAUACAACGCAUGGAAAGAUGAAUUUGAUAAUCUCGCGUAAGAGUGAACUUAUUAAGGCAUUUCAAUCAGACCAAUCCGUUUUUGAGAGAACUAGUGCUGUAAGGAGAUCAGAUAAACGUGCUAGACUUAAGAAUAUUACAGGAAUGGCUGAUGAACAACUUGAAGGAUG